UCCAUAGUCAGAAUAAGAAUUAGGUGUAGAACAUCAUCUGAGUGUUUCUUCUUCGACGGUUGUGCCUUAGCUAUGGACCGCGCUCAGUUUCUGAUGCUGGGUUUGCCUCUCUUCCUUCUCUGUUCUGACCUCUUAUCCCUAUUCACAUCUUCCCCGCCGCCGCCGAAGCCAUCUCCCACCCGCCACCACCACCUCCAACCAGUGGUUGACCCUGUAGCCAUAGAGUUCCCCUCCGAGAAACCCACCAGCAAUAUUGGAGGUGUGGCUCUCGACAACACUGUUAACAUUAAUUACUGCUCUUCUUGCUCCUACAAGGGAACAGCAGUAACAAUGAAGAAUAUGUUGGAGAUUGCUUUUCCUGGAACUGAGGUUAUUCUUGCAAAUUAUCCCCCACCGCUUCCGAAGCGUUUGCUUAGCAAAGUGGUACCAGUUGUACAGAUUGGUGUUAUAGGGGUUGUCGUUGCAGGGGAACAGAUUUUUCCUAUGUUGGGUUUUGUUGCACCUCCUCCUUGGUAUUACAACUUGCGUGCUAAUAAGUUUGGAACCAUCGCUAGUACCUGGCUUCUUGGGAAUACCUUGCAGUCAUUCUUACAGAGUUCCGGGGCCUUUGAAGUUUACUUCAAUGGUGAACUGUUGUUCUCUAAACUGAAGGAGGGAAGGUUUCCAGGAGAGAUAGAGUUGAAGGAUCUGAUUAGCAAAAAGAUUGCAAAUUCUAGACUUGCCAAUGGUAUAAAUGAUGUAUUUUGAACAGGUAUAAAUGAUGUACCCGGACCUGCCAUUGCAUUGUGAAGUAGAGACUGGUAUACAGAUAUCAUAGGAAUAUCACGUUGUAAGGUUUUCAGGUGUUUAUCCUGGAACAUGAACUUUCUGUAUUGAAAGAACCAAGUAGCUGCUGAAGGCAAACUCAGUUAAUUGAACUUUGUGAUAGGCAUGGCUUACACUCUCAUUCUACUUUUUUCGACAUUCUGCCAUCUUCUUGUUAUCAGCUCUAGUAACUCCAUCUACUACUUGAAAAAUCGAAGGAUAGGAAAAGGCAAUUUAGGCUACAUUACUGUGUCAAAGUAGAAGACCCA